AAUAGGGUCGCCCUUCCCCGGGCGGGGGCGGUGGGUCGUUGGCCACCGUGUCCGGGGAGCUCUGGAGGCCGGAGGCCGAUCCGGUGCAGCUUGGGGCGGGGCCUGACGGCGCUGACCGCGGCCUGGGCCCGUUAGGUGGGCAGGGCCGCCGCGGCGUGCACAGGCAGGACUCGAAUCAGGCCCUCCUCUGUCGGCUCCUUUCUCCGGGCGGGUGGCCGGAGAGGGUCAGCGGGGGCAGCACGCUGGCCUCCAGGGUGCAGGGCCUGCGCAGCGGGGCGGCUGGGACGUGGCAGGCCGUUCCCACUGGUAGCCGGGCAGUGGGUGGUCGUUGACACCCACGUGCCGGGGGGACGCCCCGGCCCUCCGGAGGAGGGGGGGUCGAUGAAACCGGUGGAGGGCGCGCUGCGCAGCACGCGGGGCUGUGAGGACCGCGCCUGGGCGCCGCGGGGAUGGGCUGUGCCUCGCCGGGCCUGCUCCAGCGCCAGGCGCGCUCUGCUGCCUGAGCAGGCAGGUGCAGCUGGAACCUCACCUCUGGGCUGGCUGAUCAAACAGGACGAAGCAGCAAUGUCUGCCAUGGGGGCUGCAUACCUACAUCACCCUGGUGACAGUCACAGUGGCCGGGUGAGUUUCCUGGGGGCCCAGCUCCCCCCAGAGGUGGCAGCAAUGCCCCGGCUCCUGGGGGACCUGGACAGGGGCACAUUCAGAAAGUUGUUGAAGCUGGUGGUCAGCGGCCUACAGGGAGAGGACUGCCGGGAGGCUGUGCAGCGCCUUGGGGCUGGCGCAGACCUGUCGGAGGAGCGGCUGGGUGCCCUGCUCGCCGGCAUGCACACCCUGCUCCAGCAGGCCCUCCGGCUGCCCCCUGCCAGCCUGAAGCCCGACGCCUUCAAGGAGCAGCUCCAGGAGCUCUGCAUCCCCCAAGACCUAGUUGCGGACUUGGCCAGCUUGGUGUUUGGGAGCCAGCGCCCCGUCCUCGACUCCGUGGCCAGGCAGCAGGGGGCCUGGCUGCCCCAUGUUGCUGACUUGCGGUGGAGGGUGGACGUGGCGAUCUCCACCAGCACCCUGGCCCGCUCCCUGCAGCCGAGCAUCCUGAUGCAGCUGAAGCUUUCGGAUGGGUCGGCGCACCGCUUCGAGGUUCCCACAGCCAAGUUCCAGGAGCUGCGCUACAGCGUGGCCCUGGUCCUGAGGGAGAUGGCUGACCUGGAGAAGAGGUGCGAGCGCAGACUGCAGGACUGACACGUGCUCGCCGUUCCGCUUCGGUCACCUUGGGACAGCAGGUCAGACAGGUGUCUCCAAGUGAAGCCUGCCCAUCCCAGGAGGCGCUCUUCAGGGAGUGCUGGGUUGUAAUCCUGUCGUUCUCUGGUUGAAAAAGACAGCUGUGUCUUGUCUUUUUUUGAAAGUAAAACAACUGUAAAAAC